AUGGAUGAGCGGCAUCGUCCUUUACGUCGAAAUGACUUUGAAGUUGCAAUCAUUUGCACUUUACCACUGGAAGCAAACGCUGUGCUCUGCUCAUUAGACGAGAUCUGGCAUGAUGCUCUCAAUACCUAUGGCAGGGCUGUGGGCGAUAAUAACGCCUACGAUUUUGGAAGGUGUGGCAGACACAGCGUGGUUGUCGUUACCUUACCUGGAAUGGGAAAGGUAUCAGCAUCUACUGCAGCUGCUUGUCUCAGGAUGAGCUUCAGUUCAAUUAAGCUUGCCUUGCUCGUCGGAAUCUGCGGUGCAGUCCCCCGUACCGGCCGCACGGAGAUUAUCCUCGGCGACGUGGUUAUCAGCCAGAGCAUUAUUGAGUUGGAUCGUGGUCGCCAGUACCCCAACGGCUUCAGAAGAAAGGACACCAUCCUGGACUCUCACGGGCGUCCUAAUGAAGACAUCUUGGGGCUGCUGCAACGUUGGAAUGCAACCUUUCACCUGAAAAGUCUACAAAAGAAAACAACGGAAAAUCUCAAAGCCCUUUUACAGCACCCAUAUGCCGAGGCACGGUACCCCGGCGCAACUGAGGACAAGCUCUUUGAACGCGACUGUAUCCAUCAACACCAUUUCGGCUGCGGGGUCUGCAAUAUGUCAGCGGCACCAGACUCAGUAUGCGAAGCAGCUCUAACAGCUGCCUGUGAUGAGCUUCAAUGCGAUGAAAGCAGAUUAGUCCCGCGUACUCGGUUACUCGAAAGAGGUACAGACUGCGAGAUCCCGACUCCGCUAAUACACUUUGGCCUGAUUGGCACUGCGGACACGGUUCAGAAGUCAGCGGCGCACAGGGAUGAGCAUGCAGAGCUAGAGGGUGUGAUAGCGUUCGAGAUGGAAGGGGCUGGGGUCUGGAACAAGUUCAAUUGUCUGAUAAUCAAGGGCGUGUGUGACUACGCUGACAGUCAUAAGAACAAGAAAUGGCAGACCUAUGCAGCCGCAGUUGCUGCGUCAGUUGCAAAGGAGAUUUUGGCGCAGUACGUAUCACACGACCGGCCGUCACAGCCGGGAACGCCGAAUGGUAGAUCCGGAUAUUCUACACAACAUUCCGUGAUUUCUCGUGGUCGGUUAGCGCUUCAAGUAGUCCCCGACUGGUUACCCAAUGAUAUGUUUCACAGGGUCACCAAGCACUUUAAAGAGGGCCUACAAAAGGAGCAGUUGGACAGCUUCAAGCCCACAGACCUUCGUGCUUUGAAAAAAGAGCUGAAGAAGAUCCAGGAUGAACAGGGGCAAUCGCACUCACUGAGGAAUCUUCGGCGGAUUGAGCGCUUUAUUCAAGCCAAUGAGCAGAUUGGGACCGUGCUUGAGGAUAUCCUAGGUACUAGCGACGAGAUGUAUCUCAUUUGGGGGCCAGUAAAGGCCUUACUGCAGGUAGCAAAAAGUAACGUGGAACUAUUCGAUACGCUCCUGGCAGCCUACGAGAACAUUGGCAAUGAACUGCCAAAGCUUGGUGCUUACCGAGACUUGUUCAAGCAACAUGUGGGCUUGCAACGGGUACUAGCAAGAGUAUUUGCCCUCAUCCUGGAAUUUCAUGAGAAUGCGAUUAAAUUAUACUCCGGGAGAGCCCUAAGAACCGUAUUUCGACCACUCUGGAAGGACUUCGAAACAACACUAUUUGAUCUCAUAGUGCGUGAAACCGGCUCCCAUAAGAUAAUGAUUGAAGAUGAGAUAAUGGCCUUAUACAGCCACCCGGGACACUGUGUAAUGAAUGCGCAGGAAAUCCGAGACCACCUCGAGAGCACAAGCAACAACAUGCGCUUAUCCAAGCAGGAGCAUCAAAAGGCACGAGAGAAGAUGUACGAUGUGGUCAGAUGCUGGAUUGCAGGCGCUGCAGGGGUUUCAGGUGUCGAAGACGUUGCAGACGUCAUAGGUGCCGAGACCGAGAGUGAUCACAACAACAUCUGUCGUGACCGAAGCUUUUACCCCGGUAGCGGUAGCUGGAUUCUGGACAACGAGAAGGUCAAAAGAUGGCUAUCUCCGGAGCCGGAGCAGUCGUCCAACUCUAUGCUAUGGAUCAAUGGGCGUCCAGGGACAGGGAAAACCUAUUUAGCAUCGAUCAUAAUUGAGACUUCCUUGGAGGAUUCCUCGUCGGUCACAUGCUACUUUUACUGCAAGGAAAAGGUAAAGUCGAGAAACUCUGCGAUUGCAGUACUCCGUGGUAUUCUCUUGCAACUUGCACGUCAGCACCGCGAAUUGACCCCUUACUGCCAUGCAAAGAUCAAGAGUUCUGGUAGCCUCAUGUUGUCGGACCUAUCCACGGCAAGUGGUAUUCUGGAGGUAUUCUGUGAAAGGAUAUCUCGAUUGAAUGUGGUAAUAGACGGAAUUGACGAGUGUGAAGAGCAGAGAAAGGACUUGAUUGACAUAUUUAGAAUCUUGGUCAGGAAAAACGAAACCUACGCGAAAGGAAAACUUCGUGUCCUUUUUUUAAGUCGGCCCAUGAAUGAAGUCAAAAACGCCAUACCGGAGGCUGACAUGUUUGCUCUGGAACCGGACCACAACAGGCAAGACAUCCAAAGGUAUUGUGAACACAGGAAGCGCGAGUUUCAAAAGUUUGGGUUUACCAAUGAGUACCUCAAAGAUGUUGUGCAGAUUAUUUGUACAAGGGCCGAUGGGAUGUUCCUGUUUGCUAAGCUGGUCAUGAACAACUUGAAAGAACAACCAACGAGGGAAGACUUUCGUAUUGAGACCACCGCUGCGAUAUUGCCCAGUGAGAUCGACCAAGCAUAUGCCCGAAUCAUGGAGCGCCUCUCGCGUGACCUCGGUUCAAAACAAUAUGAAUAUACAGAAUUGUUGCUCGGCUGGUUAGUAUGCUCGAAGAGGCCUCUAAAGUGGACAGAAAUCCAAGUGGCGCUAUCCACCGAUAUUAAGACAUGGGGCCGCUCGAGUGAAGUGAAUCCGGACCGCAGACUGGAAGACGAUGUUCAAGAAUUGUGCGGAUCCCUGGUUCAGGUGCUCCAGGGCAACCGGGUCGAGCUUGUCCACAGCACCGCCAGACUGUUCAUAGUCCAGAAAAGCAAUAUACGGAUAUCUUCAGCGGAAUGUGACCUCGCCCUUCGCUGCCUGCGGUAUCUUAGUCUUGACAUCUUUAAGCCUGAUAUUUCCGCCCAAAGCCUCCGGGAGAAUGCUCUGAGUGGUGACUUUGGCUUCCAGGAUUAUGCGGUGUCAGCCUGGUUUCUGCAUAUAGGGACAUUGAUAGAGAAGAAACAUGAUGUCCUGGAAGGGAUCAUCGACAGCCAAGACCGGGUCGCAAGAAUAUCCCGAGAGCUCGAGCAUUUCGUGAGCUUCUAUCAAGCAAGCUUUCCACUGCACGACAACAACAUUCUGGAGCAAGCAUGGAUAGAUUGUGAAUUCUUCCAACAGUAUCCCUUUUAUAAUAACCUUGUCAGAAUCUGGAACCAUAUCUGCGGCGCCCAAAGGGGAGACUUGGAAUCGCGCAACGAUGUGAGCAUUCCUCUGCUUAGGAAAACGCUGGCUCGCAACCGGAAGCUGCUGGAAGACCUAAGCACAGAUGAUACAGUUGCUCUCUCCAGACUCUAUGAUGAAUACCCCUUCCGGUGCCCUAAGGUGCUGUGCUUUUAUUUCCACGAGGGUUUUAAGAAUGCGAUGGCCCGUGAUAACCAUGUCGAUCAUCACAACCGACCAUACCGUUGCACAGUAGAGAGCUGUACAAUGAACGGAAUGGGAUUUGCCGAAAAAAGCCGACUUACGGCACACACGAAGAGAUUUCAUCCCGAGGAGCGAGAUCUGGGCGAAACGUUCACACCUUACAACCGGGCGAGGCCAGUAGGCGCCCGAUAUGAAUGUCCUGUGUGCAAAAAACGCCUCGUGAGAAAGAAUAUUUUGGAGGACCACCAGAGAAUUCAUACCGGUGAGAAACCAUUUCGUUGUUCUGAGUGUGGGAAGGGGUUUGCUAGGAAUUAUGACAAGAAACGACAUGAGAAAACCCACGAGAGACGACGAAGAUAG